AUGACGUUUUCAACGGGGAUACCUCAAAUGAAAAGAACUGAUGGUAAACACGGUAAACGAUGUGGCAUCGAAGAGAUUUGAAACCGUUUUCGAAAACGAUAUAAGGAAUUUACAUGGAGUGCAAGACCGAGGGGACUAAGUAUAGUACAAAACAGCAGAGUAGAUGGUGUGAUGUUAUUUUGGCGUCGAAAAAUCUUAGAGAGCCGUAAAGACCUGCAGCCGAAGAAGAUUAUUUAAGACUUACGCUCCACUGAAACCAACAAAAAACAAACACGCGGGACUGUAUUAUCUAAAAAUGAUCACAUCCGUUACGAAAAGUCGGCAACUUUGUUUCGGUCGUUACGGUAUUGGAACGGCUUAUAUAGAGGAAAAUCGACUUGUCGGCGAUAUAAUAUUUUGAAUGACUUUAUCCAAUACAAUUAUUAUUAUAUUCGUCUUCUUCUAUACACGAACGGCCAUUCUCUACCUCUUUAUCUAUAUAUAUAUAGGUAUAUUCACUCCAUAUAGGUGAUAUUAAUGAUAGAUACCUAUCUAUCAUUAACAAUUAUUUCCAUCCAUAUCGCUGUUUAAGUCUAUAUUUGCUUCUUUCCAUUCCAGUAUUUCCAUAUCGAUCUAAAUGACAUAAUAAUGUACCAACAUUAACCGUACUUAUCUCCACUAUCUCCUGUAAAUUCACUAUUUUAGAUUCUGAACGAAACAAGUGUACAUGUGUAUGUGUGUGUGUGUGUAUGUGUAUGUGUGUCUACGUUUAAUGUAUCUGUAAACAACUUUUCUACCGGAAAUCUUUCACCAGUCAAAAACUUGAAAACUUGAGAAUUUUAUGGAAGCAUUUUUAGCUUAAUUGAUGUUUUGAAGGUUUCCUUUAUUAAAUGUUAAAUGUUGUUUUCUUAACAAAUGGAAAUUAUAGGUACAAUUUUUGUUAAUUUCUGAGUCACCUUAGCAACAAGUAGAAAAAUAUGGUUGUUGACUCACUCGUUUUUCGUCGCGUAGAGAUAAAAAUUUUAGACAUUACUCUGUAUGUUUUCUCUUCCAAUUUUAUUAUUCUAAAAUAGAUAUAAUAAAUAAUAAUAACAUAAUUAUUAUUUAAAAAUAUAAUACACAUAUCUAUAUCAGUAUUAUAGGUAUGCACCAACUACUAUGUAAAACAUAUGUAUUAAGGUAAAAUUUUCGAAACAUUCUGAUGAUUUUUAAAUAAUUCAUAAUCAUUUGAUUUUUGUUGAUUUAAACAUCUAGUGGAAACGCUAUAAGAAUAUUUUUCGGUAUUAAAAAAACAAUAAAACUUCAAAAACUAUAUUUAAUAUAAUUUUUAAACGAACGGAAAAGACGUCACAUUGACACUACGGGGAUUGUAGGUACAUUUACUCAGACAAGAUUACUUUAUUUCGAGUAGUUUGUUUUUUUUUUUUUAAAGUAUUUGGUGUUUAUUUUAUAAUCUCAUAUAUAAUAUGAGAUAAUAUUUUUUAGGUAUUGUGUAAAUAAUAUACUGCCACGUGGCAUUAUUAUUUACUAAACUACUUAAACAUUUGUAUAUUAUUAUGUAUUUGCAGCGAGUGUGUGUAAAAUAUCUUUUUUAAUUAAAAACGACUAACGCGUUUAUUUGUGUAUAAACAUUGCCUCGAAUAAAACAUGAUGAAAAAAAAACCGUUGGUAGGUAGGUGGGUAUACCUAUACUAUAUAUACUUAUGCAAUAAAACAUAAAAACUAUGCGUUUCUACCUAAAAAAAAAAAUAAUAAUAAUAAAAUUCACGAAACAGCAAAAUUAUUUGUCCAAUUUAAAUAUUUAUUAUUAGAGAACUCGCGCGAAGAAAAUGUCAUAAUUUGAGAAAAUAUAUGAGAAGCCGUAAAAAAAAAAAAAAAAAAUUAUUAUAUUAUUACGAACGAAAACGUACGUUCGAUUUUAUCAGACGUGGGGUUUUUUUUUUGCUUUUCAUAUUUUCAUUUGUUUUUUUUUUUUUACUAUUAUUAUUAUUAUUUUUGUUUUUUUUUUUGUUUUGUUUUGUUUUGUUACGAGUUCAUUAUUAUUGCACUCGCACGACCUAAUUUAGCGCGAAAAAUGCACGGACGUACACAUAUUGCCGACACUAAACGCCGUGUGUUCCCUCACCCCUCAUCAUAUAGUAAUACCUAAGAUAUUACUACUAACCUACUAUAAUACGAAACGUAAAAGUAUAAUAUUAUAAUACUAUUAUAAAUAUUAUUAUUACGAUCGUAAACCUGAAUAUUAUUAUUGCCUAGUUAUUAUAUACAGGGUGUACCGCGGAGAUCUGACAAGUAAAAUACCUUCCAGUUUUGUCCUGUUUACUAUUUUUAAAUUUUUCUUUUUUGUAAUAAUUACUUUAGUGUAGCUUUACACUACAAUACAUGUUAUACGUUUAUUUUUAAAUUUUAUCAAAUAUUAAUUGACGAUACAUCGUUGAUAAUCUAUAGAUUUUUAAAGUUUGUAAUAAUUAUUUUAAUUUUUAGAAAAAAUUGGGCGAAUCGAAUGUCAUUAUUUAGUAAUGUGGCAAUGAAAACAAUAUUUAAAUUAUCGUAAAUUUCGAUUUCUUUUUUUUUUUUUAAAAAAUUAACCAUUUAUCGUUAGUAAAUAUUUAUAAUACCGAAAUUUUGUUUCAUUCUAUCCUGAAUUUACUAUCCUGGAUUUUGUAAUAAAAAAUGUUUAAAUACAUUUUUCGUUUUAGUUUCAAACUUAAAUACAAAGUGUAAUUAUCCCAACUCACGACUCUAGUACAAUUAUUACAAAAAAGAAACAAUGUUGUAUAACCCUGUUCUGUGAUCGUAAACAAUUUCUGGUAUUUUAAAAAAAUUAAUAAUUAUUACACAAUUUUAAACGAAUUUGGUAACCUAGUAGAUUAUGUUUAUGGGUAGAAAUCUAAAUAAAAUAAAUCAGUAUCUCAAUUUAUAAAUUUUCGACCGGACAUUUUUAAAAUACUUAGAACUGUUUUAUUUUGAAACCCAUAUUUUAAUAUUGGGUUGUAUGAGUUUACGCAAAAUUAAAAUGUCUAAUAUUAGCACAAAAACGGUUCAAAUGUUUUAACAAUUUUACCACGUCUAGAAAAAACAAACAUAAGUUUUCUGUCCAUUCAAUUAUAUUCUAAAAACUAUAAAAACACUAUAAUAUCAAUACAAUAAUAUCAAUAAUAAUAUCAAAACUUUAUAUAGACAGCUAUUGGCAGUGGUCGAGUAAAUGGGAUAAUUCGUAAACUAUUAUACUCUUGACCUCUACCAAAUACCUUGCCAAUGUAAACUAGCUGGAUUUUCUAUGUUUGUAUACGUUCACAGAUGAUAAUGAAAUAUUCUAACAAAUUUAGUGUCACGCACUUAUAAGCACAAAAAAUAAUCUUUAAAUAUUAUACUAUGUCGAAUAAUACUAUGAGGUUCUACCCAUUAAUCACUUCGCUCGUCUUUCGCCAAACAAAAUAAAAUGUAUGGAAGAUAUAAAUAACCAAUUUUUUUUUUUAUAUUUAUGUAUUACAGACAAUUUAGAGCGUAUAUAAAUACCUAUACUUUGAGGAAUACGGGUUAUUUUCAGACUCAAACAUAUUUGUCAAGAAUUUUUUAGAGCACAUCGAUAACAUUAUAUUAUUAUUGUUAACUUUUAAGAACCUAAAAAUUCGCUCUCUAAUAAUAAUAACCAUUCGGUAUUUUGCGAAUCAUAUUAUUUUUCAAACUCCAUUUUCCGAACAUCGAAUAAUUUUAUAUAUUGAAACGCCAACGUAUAUUAUUUUAUGCAGCUGUCAUCGUAAUAUUAUUACUAUGGCCUACGGGCUGAUUUUCAGUUUUACACAAUACUGUAUACUUUGUGUUAUGUGGGUUAAGUGACCACGUAUGUCACGUGCACCUAACUAUAUACGCGUACAUCGAGUGUGCGUCUCUUAUAAACAAUACAUCUAUACGAUUUUCAAGUGUAAUCAUUUUCAAUGCAUUUUCCGGUGGGUAGGUGCCUAUAUACUUUCUUUUACGCUUUUUAAGUGACGGCAAACGAAACACGAGUUUAACCUUUAUUAUGUAGAUAGUUGAUGUUGUUUUUUUUUCAACUUAAUUUAAAAAAAAAAAAAUACCCGUAUGAACAGCAACGUUCCGUCACUAGAGUAUAAUUUUUCCUUCAGACGAUUUGUCACCGUUCGAUAUUUCCUAAUUUUUUUUCUAUGAUUGGUCUAAAAUAGUUAUAUGAUUGCCAGAAUGUUAUUACAUUCUAAUCUGUAGAUAUAUUUAAAAUAUAGUUGGUAAUUUAAGUAAAAAAAUAAAAUAGAUAACAAAAAAUUGUGUGCCUACAUUUAUACAAUUUACUAAUAUUGUAUAAUGUCGAUUAUACAUAUUAUUUUUAUUAUAAUGUCAUCAAUUAUAAAACUUAGGUCACGGUUUUAAAUGUAUUUAUAUUAACACCACAGUUGCAAUUUGUGCUUAAAAUCAUUUGAUACGACGUAUCAAAAAUAGUAUAUAUGUACAAAACUUGAUGUAGCUUUUUACGAUAAACAUUCAAAAUCAAAAAUAAAUUAUAAUAAUAAUACCUAAGUAUAUUAUAGCCGUAUUUGUACAAUAUGAUACCGAAAUAAUAAUAAAAAAUAAAAAAACAAUAAUAUUAUUCUAAUAUACAUCAUGUAUCAGAUAGCCAAAAUCAAUAACUGUUAUAUUAUUUUAAAAUGUAUUUAAUUUUUUUUCUUUUACUAGAUAUCUACAUUUUUAUUUUGGCAUUUAACAGAAAAACUUUUUUUUUCAGCGUUUUGCCUCAGACUAACGGAGUUGAAAAUCGAACAACACACCCUCGUGGGAAACAGUACACGAUUAGAGUGCAAAUACGACCUACAAGGUGAAAAACUGUAUACGGUAAAAUGGUACAAGGACGGGAACGAAUUUUACCGAUUUCUACCCGGAGAAUUGCCCGAAGUGCAAGUAUUCGAUGUGUCGGGAGUGCACGUUGAUGUAAGUACACACAUUUUUUAAAUAAUAAAUUAUACGUGACCCGUUUAUAUACACGAGUAUAUAUUUUUUUUCCUCGAAAAUAGAUACUAGUGCACUGUUUUAUAUCUGUUGCGACAUAUUAUAUACUAGUACACAUAUAUUUUUUUUCUCGCUACUUUUUUACAAUUCUAACGGUUCCCUCUAAACCAAACGAACUUAAACUCAAAGAUUAAAGAUUUUUUUAUAGACAGAUUAAAGUGAUAAAAUUUUUUUUUUAAUUUCAAUAUGAUUUUCACCGUGGUUUUUCUGAUAUCUAAUUGAUUCUUGUAGGUUUUUAGUUUGUACUCCCCUACACUUUUCAAACGGAAAAGACAUUUUAUAUAAUAUAAUACGACGUUAGUAUCAAAGAUGUGCAUUUAGAGAAUUUUAGAUUUUAAUCCCCUCCUCCCCCUCCCCAUCAUUUUUGCAAUCAAAUUUUCUUAUCUUACUCUUUUUUUUUCGGAGGAGUUGGAGAAACUUUAUAAUGAUUUUAGUAUAGCAUUAUAAUAUUAUAUAGUAUUGGGUUAUUUAUUCAAAACUUUAGUGAUAGAACUCUGAUGCUCAUGGAUUUUUUUUUUUUGUUUUAUUUUUAAUUUUCGAUAUUUUUACCAUGUAUCACAGGACGUUUCUAUCGAAGACGCGUUUAUACAAAAGUAUCUAAAUAUCUUUACAUAAUUCCUAAAUCCUAGAAAUAAAUUUUAGUAUCUACCUAUAUUAUAUGAGCAGCUUCAUAUUUAUUUUAUACACAUAAUUUUCCUGUAUCUGUAAAAAAAAAAAAACUACCAUAUUUUAUUAGGAUUACGUAUUCUGGUAAGUGUAAUAUUAAUGCAACGAAAAUAAAAUGAUAAAAUAAAAUAAAGGAAUAUUGUAGCAUUGGUUUAAUGACGUGUGUAACCCAAAUAUAAAACGAUUAUGGUAAUUUUACAAUGAAAAUCAUUUUAUAGUUUAUAUCGUGCACCUUAUGUUAUUUAUUUUGUAAAUUAUAAUUCAGAUUAUUUUCAAUAAUAUUGACAAAUUGACGUUUUAAUAUUUACCCAGUGUAAAUUGUAAUAUAUGUAUACCAAUUAGGAAAUUUUAACAUAAUACUUAAAAUCAAAUUAAACAAGAAUAAUAUCUGAUUUAAAUAUUUUAAUAAUGCUUCGAAAAAUAAUUUAAAAAAAAAAAAAUUAUUUUUAGUGAAAUAAUACUAUUGAAAAAUGACCCAAAAAUGCUAAAAAAAAAACCGACUUGAAAAAUGGGGGAAAAAAGAAUAAAUAAAAUUGAACUUGUUAUUUUUUUGAGCUGGGUCAUUAAAGAUAAUAUCAAUGUCACAACUAGAAAUAUUGACAAUUUGUAUUGAUGAAGCAAAAACAAAAUUUCCGAUAUAAUUAAUAUUUGAGUUACCAAAAUUUAAACUAUUAAUUUGUAAAAUAGAAUUAUAUAUAAGUAUGCACUUAAAAAUAAUAAAAUAACUGAAAAUGCUCUUAAAAUAAAACAGAGGAUAAUUUAAAAACGUUGUUAAAUAAAAGUUUCACUUUUGGAUUAUCGGUUAGGUUAUACUUGGAAAGCAUUUUCUUAAAUAAGACUCUCACAAAAAUGCAUUUUAUAUUGAAAUCCAGGCUUUACUAAUUAUAUUAUAAAUCGAGUGUUUCUGAAAAGUGUACCGGCAAUAACAUUAUUAUGAUACUCGAUGAGAUGACCCAAUAACGAAAUUGUUUUAAAUUUUUCACGAUUUUGUAAUUAGGUAACCCCAACGAGUGUGAUAAUAAUUCUAGUGUUAGCACAUUUUUAAACAAAAAUACCUCGAACAACAUAUAAUAUAUGAAUAGAUCCUGUUUUAUUUUGAUGUGUUACAUUAAUGCGUUACCAACACAUAAAAACCAGAAGGAAUCACGGGAUAAAUUCAUAUCUAAAUAAUAAAAUUGUCUAUAAAUUUAAUUAGCAAAUAUCAUUACGGUGUAUAUUAUAAUUAUGUAUUCUAUACCAGACAACAAAAAUGCCGAUAAAAAGAAUAGAAAUAAUAAAUAAUAGUAUAGUAUCGUUUUCGUGUUUGUUUUAGAUGUCUAUAAUUUCUAUAUAAUUAUACUGUUAUGGCUUUUGUAUUCGGUGGAUUCUGUUUAUCCCACGAUCGGUCAAAAUAAAAAUCAUUUAAAUUCUAAUGUAAAACUUAGGUACCUUUUUAAUUAAACUUUUGAAUCAGAAUGUAAAACUUUUCCGGACGCUUAAUGCACAGAAUUUCGGCCCCUCUAAAUAUACUCUCUGAAAUAUCGCACGUAAUAGAUUCGAUUGUCGAGUUACUGACCGCCACCGCCAUAAGCUCCCGAACCCAAAAACCUUAUAGUUGUUAGUAACUUACAGUUACAAAUUCAAAUUCUAUAACCACCACAUUAAGCACGUUAACGUCUAUGACUGCCGGUGCAGCAUUGAAUAAUGUUAAUGAAUAAUACAACAACAACGAUGGCGUCGACAAAAACUAAAAUUUCGUAUCCAUUUGAAACUAUUAUUACGACUAUUCAGUAUUCGGUCCAAUUAAAGUAUAAGGUAUGGGUACCCAUGGGUAGUAUAAGAUAAAAACGAUGCUCGUAUUUCCAAUAUCAGUUGAAUACUUUAAUGUAUUUUUAAUAAUACUAUGGUGAACUAAAGUUCGAUGGACAAAAUUUUUGAAGGAAACAAAAAAAAUAACAGCAUAUAGUUUGAUAAUUGUUUAGUUAUCAUUUAUCUUUAAUCGUGAUAUUUUAUAAGAUGUUAGAAAGUUAAAAGUAAAUAAUACUAGUGAUUUAUCAGUGUUAUCAUUUAUGAAAGGGGGAGAUAAUUAAAGUGCUUAAAAUAUGUCAGACCCAAACUUUAGGACUUGGGCAUGGCCAUACCUAAAUUUUUUUAAAACUGCUGAACUAUUACCAAACAUGCUUAAAUUUUAAUAGUUAAAUGCUAUAGAUAAAUAUUAAUUUUUAUCUACCAAGCAAAAAAAUGUUUUUCUUUAUUAUUAAGUAUUAUUCUUAUUAUUGUUAUGCUUAUAUUAACUAUUGCUUACUAAACUUGUAAUCAAUUUUCGAUACAUUACCAGUAGUCCAAUCUCAACUUUAAAUUGUUUGUACUCAUAUUUUCAAUGGCAUUACAAGAAACAAAAAUCAGAUGUUCCGUCAAUCUAUUUGUUUACCGUUUUUAUCUCUUUUUAUCCCAUAUAUCUGUAGAGAAAAAGUGUCAACUUUUGUUCGUAUAUAGCCUCCAUCACUCAUAAACUUAUGAUUUUUAUUCUCUAGUUAUGUAUAGAACUAAUAAUUAUAAAAUUAAAUACAAAUUUUCAAAAAAAUUAAAAUGUAUGCUUGUAAUAAAACUUUAAAAGUAAUUGGUAAUGGAAAAUAUGAAUAAAAAUUUAAAUAAAAAGCACGGAUUGUGCUCACCGUAAAUUAAUAUAGAAGAGGGAUGUUUCUUGCCCUUAUCAAUACGUAAAUAACGUUCUAUGUUUUUAUGCUGUAAAUGUAUGUACUUAUGUGAUAAAAAUUUUAAAUUCGAAAUGUAGAGAGGAAUGUAUUGAUUUUACAAUGGUGAUAUUUUUUUUUUUAUCUAUAAACAAUUUUUCUACCGGAAGUCUUGCUCCGAUUUUUAAGUGUCGUGUAUACUUUUUCUGAGAAGAAAAUUUCAUCCGAAUUAUUUUUUUGAUUUUUCAUGUGAUUUUUAUAAUAAUUAGAAAUAAUCGAGUAAAAUCGGGAAAAUGUACGUACAUGUAUAAACGAAACUUCGCUUCGAAUCGUUUUUUGUUAUCAAUGGUUUAUCGGUGCGUACAGAUAUAAAUUACAUUCCCUUCUAUAUACUACCUUCUUAACUUCUCACCCAAAACAGUAGCCUACCCAUCGUGCGAAGUAUGUCCGUCUUAUUACUCACACUUUCCAUUAUUAUUUACUGUUAGUUUGUUUUAACAUUAUGGUAAGUAACUUUGUUUUGCAUAAUUUUGAACAAAUUUGUUUUCGAUCGGUUUUGUUUAGAAAUAAUUUCUAAAUAAUUAUUAUGAAAAUUGUUCUCAACACAAUAAAAUUUUCAAUUAAAAAUAAUAACUGUUUGAGUUUUUGUUGAACAGUAUCAAUUUUAGUCUUUUAUUAUAAAAGUCCUAAGUAUACUUAAACGACUGGACGUAUUUUUUUCUACAAUGGUUGAUGGCGAUCCGUCCUUAUCUUUGGACAAUCGUGUGUUUUAUACUCGUACACGUAUAAUAAUUCUUUCCGUAUAAACGUUGACCAAAUUCGUUUACGUCGUAUAUUGUGAAAAGAAAAUGGUCUUUGGUUAAAAAAUCUCAGCAUCUGAAAUACUGCAGUUCGCUAUGAAAGCAAAAUAAACGAAAUGAAUACAGAAUAGGGAAUUGAACCGCGAGUGCUGUUUACUAUUCACAUUGGCAUGACGGUUUGCGGGAUUUUGCUCAUAUCGAGUAGAAAAAACUAUAUCUUCAAAGAAAUAGUGAAAAUACAAAUUAUUGCAAAUGAAUAACGUUUCUAAGAGGAGUAACAUUUUAUAAUAAAUUUGAAUUGGACAUUGUAUCAAUUUGUAACUACAAUACAUUUCAAUAUUGUAUCUGUAUUAAAUUAACUGUAUCAAACAUCAGAUUUCAGGACUAUUAGAACGCUUAUAAAAAUAUAAUAUACACAACAACAACUAAAACAAUGUUUCAAACACUUCUACGAAGUCAAAAAAAAAAAAUUGUCCAUGUAAAACCAAAACAGAACUCUAACAUUUUUUUUUUUUUUUUUGGCUUAAUCUAAGUUAUUUAGAUUUAGGCCCAUUGUCGCUUCCACAAUCUUUCUCCAUGCGUCUCUAUGAUUUGCCUGCUGAUCACCAUUCAAUACUCCUAUUUUUUCUCCAUUUUGUAAUAUUCUGUAUACGUUGACUCUCUGCUCUUCAUACAUGCCUUGCCAACUUUAAUCUCUGGCUCUUGAGAGUGACUACUAUAUUAGUAUCGUGGAAUAAAGUGCUGAGUUCUCUGUUUAACCGUAUUUCGUACUCCCCUUCUUUAUUUCUUUUUCGUCCAAAUAUUCUUCACAAGAUUUUCCUUUCGAAAAUCAAUAAAUUAUUUUCGUCUAACUUUGAAGACGCCCACGCUACACAGACAUAGAAUACAACUUAUUGAUCUAAUAAAGGUCUUAUAUAAUCUUAUUUUCGAUAACUUCUUAGACAUAAAUAAUUGGACUAAUGAAAAAUAGCAUUUGUUUCCAGCAGUGGUUUUUCCAUUUAUCUCUUCAUGGUUAUCUGCUUCUAAGUUCAUACCUACAUUUAAGUAUAUAAAUUUACGGACUCUUUAAAAUGAUAGAUCUUUUAUUGUUAUUUUGUUUUGUGGGUUUUCUCUCCUAUAGAUACAGUCAUAAAUUGGGUUUUAUUUUCAUUGACUCGAAAAUUUGAAUAGGUAGCUGUAAAUAACUUAAAAAUGCCUGAAAAUUUUUAAAAUUAUGCUUAUAAAUUACUAGUUUAAGUAUUCUAUGAAAGUUUCAGCUGAUAUUACCCGUUUUUCAACUAUUAAAAGGACUAGAGUAAGACAAAUCAAAUUAUGAUCUCAUCAAUAUACUACUAUUAGACACCAUUAAUUAUAUCAGGAACCACCCUCUAUGUUUGACGGCAACGAUAUUUCUGGUAGAAAAGUUAACAAAUGAGAAAAAAGAGUUCGUCGUCGUAAAAGGUUUGGUUUCGUUCAUGAUUUAAACUUUUUUAACGACACAACUUUUUUUUUAGUUUCUGUAUAUAAGUAUUGGUUGAAGGAGAAAAUAUUUAUUUGUAACAUUAACGUUAUUCAAUUAUUCGCUGACGCUUGACGAUAUAAAUUUCACAAAUUAGACGGAUACGAAAAUAAAAAAAAAAAAAUGUUAGAUUUUCAUCAUGUCGCCGAAAAACAAUAUUCGCACGAUUCGCGGUUUAACUCGCGUAUAAUACUCGACUAUAAAACUAAAAUAUUAACAAUACGAAUUUAUGACGAUACACUCUAAUUUUCAGUAUAAUAAUCGUCUUAAAACCGGCGUAGACAUAAAGUAUACAUAAUAUAUUGUAAAUACCAACAUCGCGAUGAAUAAUACGUUAUAUUUGUUAUACGUUUGUGUAAACGGUAAAGCGUGCGCAGGUCGAACAGUAGGUAUACGCACAAGGAUAAAACGUGUACUUAAAACAGAUUAUUUGUUUUCUUUUAUUGUUUUUACCGUGCACGUAUCUCGAACGAUACAUAGGUACAUCAUCUAUAUUAUAAUAUACGCAUAAAAAAUAAUAAUAAUUUACGAAACAAUACAAAUCGUAUUGGAAUAACACGCGUGCCGGUUAGCCAACGAAACUAAUGAAAAUAAAAAAAAACAAAACAAAACAAAACAAAAAAUACGCAUAAACUAUAACCGUGCUACAACGAACGGCGCUGCAUGUUAUGCGAUUAUAUUAUUUUACGAACGUGUUUUUGGGAGAGUUUUUUUUUUUCCCCCGACAAUAGUUUUCCAUUUUUCACAAACGUCAAUGUGUACAGUUUAUAGGUACCCACGUAAAAUUAUUACAAUGUCUGUGUUAACGAACCCCGCUUUUUAGCGGCGCAAUACCUGCAGUGAUCCCCGUAGUACCGUCGCGCACAGUGUUGGAAAAUGUAUACGAUAUCAUUAAUAUUCGCGAAACGAACAUUCAGUUAUUAUUACGUUUUAUUCCGCGGUGGUCGGCCUGUGAAAACGGACCGAUGCGGUUUCCCCUGUAGUCACUCAUGUAAUACAUACGCACACAACGUAUCGACAGCGGUUUUGAAAAUAUUACGAAAAACGAAUUGUUUUUUUUUUGUUUUUUUUUUUUUUCGAAAAACGCCAGUAGAAAAAGCGGUGUUUUCACGUGGGAUAAGUUAAUAUGGUGUAAUACGUUUACGGCAGCGGUACGCGCCCGGAACGCGGGUAACGUUUUGACAAAAAAAAAAAAAAAAAACACUGAAAGGAAAACCAAGACGGUGUAUAUACGAUCGCGUUGCACGAUUACAAUAUCGAAUAUUAAACGAACAAAAAAAUCAAAAACGCCAAAAUCGCCCUUGAUAUAAACGCAAAAUAUUUUUAACAACGUCGGAAAUCGCGUUGUUGUUAUUAUUAUUACUAUUGUACGCAAUCGAGUGUAGCGAUGAAAAAAAAAAAAAAUUAUAAAAACAAUUUUGUGUUUUCGCGGACGGGACCGGACACGGGGACCUACGCGAUUGACCGGAACCCGUGGGAUAGUUGCUGCUGGCAAAGGGCACGAAAAGAAAGAACAAAUCUAUUGCGGAAAAAAAAAAAACAGGACUAACGUCAAUUAGUCUCUCGCUCGCGCGCUAGCUCUCUCUCCCUCUCUCUCACCACCUCCCUCUCUCACACUCUCUCUCUCUCUCACUCUCUCUCUCUCUCUCUCUCUAUCUCUCUUCGACACACUCACCGGUGCCCGUGCCAGGUGUUGUUGUCAGAUUUGUGCCGGGGAAUGAUGGAACGCGAACGUUACGGCGUGGAAAAUUAAUGCCGGGCUCGCGUUACAAAAACUCGGCGCGCCACCCGUAGUUUAAUACGAUAUUCGUCGAAAAACUCUUUUGCGCGUGCCGUUUGCACGCGUUCAUGAGAAUUGUAUUUUCGUUAGUUUUCGCCUCGCCUCCCAUUCGUCGCGACGACGACGGUCCGCAGAACGGUUUGUCCACGUAAACGGAAGCGCUCACGGUGGGUAGAAGAAAACCUUAAAAAAAAUUUAAUUUAUUUUUGACCCCGACGACGCACAAUAACGCGGCGAAAUUCAUACAACAGCAAUAUCAUUAUUAUUUUGUUACAAAUGAUACGCAAAAAUACAUAAAAUUGUAAUAUCGUAUACCUAUACAUUCGCAUCAGCUGUGACGUUUUAUAUAUAUUAUAGUAACUCCACCAAGAGAAUUUCAAGUGGUAUUUGUAUUAUUAUGUGUGGACAAAUUUUAAAAUAAUUAGAGUUAAUCGCUAGAAUAAUAUGAUCUAGACGAAGAUAAAAGAUAAUAUUAUAACAAUUUGAUUAUCUAGACACGAAAAAUAAUCAGAUACAUUUGUAUCUAGAUAAAUAAACACAAAUGCGCAGCAGAGCUCAUUCACUAAAGUUGACUUAUUACCAUUACAUUUUAAAUUCUGAGUGGAGCGAAGAAGCUUAUGGUUUUACAAAGAUGUUUGUUUUUUUUUUUUUUUAUCUGUACACAAAUUUUCUAUCAGACUUACUCGGAAAUCUACGUCUAGCACCUUUUCUGAAAGGAAAUCGGCGUAGAAAGGUACUUUAAGAAGAUUGUUUUUCGAUUUUCCUCGGAGUUUUCUCAACAAAAUUUAAAAACCAAAAAAAAAACGGGAAAAUAUAAGAAAUGUAUGUAUUAAUAUGCCAUCUUUUUUUCUGUACACAACUUUUCUACCAGCAAAUUUGCUCCAACUUUUAAUAAUAUCAAUAUUUCUAAAUGGAAAUUUUAUUAACGAGGUACUUUAAAGAGGUCAUUUUUUUAUUUUCCUAAGAUCUUUCCCAGCAAAUGUGAAAACCCGGGAUGAUACAUAGGAAAACCGGGUAAAACUUAGAUAAUUGGGAAAAUAGGUACAAAAUUAAACAAUUUUAUUAAAGAAAAUAUAUAAACCCUAUUUAAUUUUUUUCCUUUACUAUAAAAUGACAUAUAUAUAUAUAUUGUUACAAAAGCAUUAAUAUCAACUAAACUUCGCUCAGAAUCGUUUUUUCCUAAGCAAUGGUUUAUCAUUGCUUACAGAUGUAUAUUAGAUUCCUGUCUAUACCAUGCCUUCUCAACUUACCACCUACAUCAAUGGCUGCGCCCGUCCCCAUUAUCUUAAUUUUUUUUUUAAUAUUGAUUAUAGUUCAUGGUAGUUUCAUUUGGUAUUCUGUAGAAGUAUACAAAUAUCAAAAAUAUCCUCAUCUCACAACAAAUAAAAAACAAAUGAAAAUCGCAUCAAAAUUCAUCCAAAAUUGUAUCACAUCAAUUCCCCUAUAAAACAACCGUAAUUUUUGAAAUUGAGCUCGUUUUGUUCCAAAGCAUAGAUAAUAUUAUGGUCUUAAACCCUCUGGUUUACCUAAAAGUAUUGAAAAAAAGAAACGAGUAAAAGUUACAAUACACACAAUUAAGUGCAAUAGCUUCUAUUUUCGGAGGAAUCUACGACAAAAUUAAAUUUUUUUCAUUACCUUUUAUACAACCAAGUAUACCAGGUAUGUUUUUAUUUUUUUGACAUAAAGUGAUUUAAUCACGAGUCUAACAAACAAAAAUUACAAUGCACAACAUAUGCAGAAAUAAUUUUUUUUAUUAAUAUCGAUAAUAUUCUCAUGCCUUUAAAUUUUUAAAUGCGUGUUUUUGUUGCACAAAAGACGAAAUAAUACCCCUCCGAAGUCAUCAUAUCCUAUAGCACCCCAAUCAUUCUCCAAUAAAUGAAACGCGUUGACGACAAUCGAACCGCGAUUUUUUAAUUAUUCAUUCAUUCCAUUUCCAGUUUGCCACCCUUCGGAAACAACACACUUAUUGGUUUUCUUUCCCCGCGACCCUUUUUGUUUACCCGCCCGACUGUCCAAAUGUCCGGUGUUCUGUUUUUAUUAAGUUUACGGGCUGUUCACUUUACCCAAUCGAUUUCGUCGACAUAAAUAUCCGUCCGAUUUCAGCGCGUUUGCCGAUACGAGGGCUUAACGAAUUUAUUAUUCAAAUUGUAAUUUCAUCCUUGACGUCUUAUUUUUGAACUCUCAUUAAAACCCGGUACGCAAAAAUAAUGCGUUCGCGAUUUAAAGUUUUUCGUCAAGAAACACAACGAUAUAUUUAUUAUUAUAUCAUUGGUUUUUUUUUUCUUUUACGAUUAACGCGAAAUCAUUUAGUAAAAUCAGAUGAUUUAAUUGAAAUCGAAAUAUUUGCGACUAUUGUAUUGAUAAGUACAUUUUUCCCCUCGUCGUUUUUGAUCGAAAUACCUAUACCAUUCUGUUGAUUCGUUUCAAAUCGAAUUGAUUGACGAUAAUAAUUAUAAUUUACCAAAUCAUAGACGCGAGGCUUUUCUGGACCUUUUUAUUGUUUAAGCCAUCAAUAUGAUUAUCGCAUGUGAAUGAACAAUGUGUAUAAAACAUAAUAAUUAUAACUAGAGGCUUUAAGUACAAGUAUAGUAAACAUUAUACGGAGAAGAUUCCUGGACGAUACGUGUUUGCAGAAAUUAUAAUGAGCUAAUAAAUUCGGGAAUGUAUCCCAGAACAAGAUGGCAAGAAUUAAUAAAAAAACGAAGUAAAAUUAUUUAAUAGGGGUUCAAACCAGAAAAAAAGCAAAGGUAAAUAGAAAACGAAGAAUGAUCGGGUGCAAGAUAAUAAUAGUUCUAAGAAAACUAGAAACCAGAGAAUGAUAACAAGAAUAAAAUUGUAUUUCCAAACAAAUUAAAAUAUGUUUUACACUCGUUUUACAUUUAUAAAAAAAAAAUAACAUUUCCUCGUCGAAAAAAACAUUAUAAAUAUACUCUCGUCUUGUAAUUAACUACUAACUUUCCACCGCCAUAAUUUUAUUACGCAUGUGUGCGUAAUAAACUGAAAAUGAAAUAUUUUCCAAUGAAUCAACGUGCAUUAUUUGCCGUUUAUCACUGUAUCAUAGGGUAAAAGUUCAUGAUAAGGAAAGUGUUUUCACAAAAAAAAAAAAAAAUGACAUACUUCCAAAACUUACAAACACCGUCUCGAGUACGUAGAAACGUUUAGGUAUCGAAAUUAAAACUGUAUUUCAGAUAAUAUACUUGAAGAUUAAGGGUGGAUUUUGAUCGGAAUUUUAAUUUCGUGAUUCCUAUAAAAUCGUACUCGUUUGCAUAAAUAGUAUAAAAUAGUAAAUACCUACCACUUAGCGCAAUGGUUUGAAAAUGCGCAUAUCUCACAGCAUCCAAAUUAGGUGUAAGUAUAGCAAGUCCGCGUUUGUUCAUAAAUAAUUGUUAUAAAACUUUAUUUUACCCGCGCGUGUAAAAUGCUUUUAUAUUCAUUACGCAUACAUAUACACAAUUUUAUACAUACCGUUUUAUACUUGCAGCAAGUAUAUUUAAAUUACUCUCCAUAAACUUACGGCGACGGCGGCACUUAUGUUAAAAUAUCGACUCGAGUCAACUAAUUAUUAUAUAUUAUAUUUUACGGGCGUUUCCAAAAGUGCGGAAAGUUUUCUAUUUAUAGACUUCGCGGUACGAACAACCCCCAGCCGUGUAUUCCGUUUUUAGACGUUCCCCACGCAGGAGCAAUAUAUCCGAGAUCACGUUUCGGAAAUAAUCCAAUUAAUCCGAAAUUGAUCUCCUUAAACGUAACAGGAACUUGCCUAUAAUUAUAUACAUUAAUUCUAGAUUUUAUUAAAAUUACCUCUUUUCGAUAUGCAAUCACAAGCAUUUAAAUGUAAUAAUUUAUGGGCCCAUUAUUAUGCAUAUAAGCAUUUCGACCAUCAUAGUAUAAAUCAAAUAAUUGUUACAAUAAAAAAUAUUAAGACUUUUAUAAAUAUAAACUAAUUUUCAUUUUAGAUUCUGGAGUCUGAGAAGCUAUUAGUUUUACUACGAUGUGUUUUCCCCACCUCCCUCGUGAAAACUUUUCGGUUAGUAAAAUUCUAUACAGUUUUUUUUUUUUAUAUACCAUACACUCAUAAAAGAUGCAGAUUUCUCCACCGAUUGUACCAACUUUUCUUAAAUUAUUCAUUCAAAAUUCUCAACAGUUAACCUCCUAGUUUCUAUUGUUAUGGAUUCUUUUCUCAAAAAACAUUUCCCUUAUAAUAGUCAAGGUGAAACAACAAAAAAAAAAUAAAAUCAAUUUAUCGUCAUUUAAUGUAAUUUUUUUGAAAUUUUUUUUUAAAACUGUUGGAAAUUCAAGGAAAUUAUUCAAGUAAAUAACCACUAUUUUUUCGUUUUAUUUUUAAACAAUAAAUGUCCAGAUGUUUAACUAAACAAAUUCGAUUUACACGUUAUAUCGUCUAAUUUUCAAUUAUUCUGAUUUUUUUUUAAGGACACAAUUUUACAAUGUAACUGACAUUUCAGACACGUUUGUGGAUCGGAAUCGUAAGUUUUAUCUCCCAUAAUAUAUUCAUGACUCAAAACACGUACAAUAAUUAGAUCGAACACGACUACACGAUAAAAUAGAACACUACUGAUGUCUAAUAAAUAUUCAAAUACGAAACCAAUAAGGAGAGCGAGGAGGGAAAGUGGAUUUAGAAGAUAAUUUGGGGGUGGGUGUAAAAUUUCAGUCAGCAAAUCUGAAAUUUUACUUAGAAGUCAUCUUUGACACUAUUCUAAGUAGAUAUUUUGGAAACUACAAAAUACCAAUUAUUAUUUCAAAUAUCUGAAUAAUUUAUAAUAAUCAAUGUUCAAUGAAUAAUAAUAGUUAUCGAAUUUCUUAUCAAAUGCAUUAUUUUAUAAUACGUCACAAUUCCAUACAGUGUUAUUGAACAUUAAUAAAAACGAUUAACUAAGAUAAUAAUUAUAAUACGUGAUUAAAACGGAACGGUAUCAUACAUUUUGUAUACGAAAAAUAUGCAAAGUUUAAGGUACAAUGUGAAGGUAAACAAUUUAAAGCAUUUUUACUAACAAAUGGAAACAAAAAAAAAAAGGGAUGGAUUUCCAAGAAUUUCCAAAACAUACUGUAAAUAAAGUAGGUACUGGUUGGUAGAAACUGCACAUUUUUUUUUCAAAAAGUUUUGAGUGAUAAAAUCGGAUCAUUUAUUCACCGAAAAAUUGUUUUAAUUUUCUUCGCAUAAAAAGCAAUUUGUUAGAAAAACUAUUGGAAAUUGUUGAAAAACUUUUUAAAUAAUGUACCGUUUAGCGAAAAUCCCGCAUAUUUUAGAUAAGGCACCGUUUAUAAAAACCGAAAAGUGUUUUUCAAGAGAAAAAACCAGAUCUUAUAAUACAUUAUAUAUAACUAAUAUCGCUGCUCUCAGAAUCUAAAAUACACGAAAGUACUUCAAAAAAUUAUUUCAAAUUUCGCUCUACAUACUAUAAAAUCCUACAAAAUAAAUAUGUGUACACAUUAAAACGAUUAAACUCGUGGAUACGCAGUAAUUGACGUAAUUCAAUCAAUAUAUAUAGAGAACAAGAAAAAGCAGUGUGUGAAGUCAUUUUCAAUUUAACCUCAGCAGUUGUAUAAAACGAUACUACAAUAGUGUUUUAUUUGUGCUAGUUCAAUUAUUUUAUUAGAUAAAAUUGUAAAUAACGAUGUCUAUGUAUAUAACGUUCUUGUUCUGCAUACCAACUCGUAUAAACGGUUCAGAUGGUUUUUUCGUAAGUCUAUAUAUAACAUAUUAUCACUGAUAUGUAUCUUUUUGAGGUCAACAACAGAUGGCGGUAUUCAAAGAAUUGCAACAUUUUUGUAUUUUUUUUCCACUACAAAUAAUAAGAAUAAUAAUAAUAUUAUUAUUAUUAAACCUAGUCGCAUAUUAUAUGCGUACAUAAAAGUAUAAACGAAAACGCGUAUAAAAGUCUAGCUGCAACCCGCAGCAAAUAAGUUUAAAUUACAAAGCAUUACCAGCAGAGUAGGUACACAAUAAAUUCUAAAAAAUAUGACACAAGUUAUAAGACUAUAUUCUCACUCAUAAAAAUAAAUUAGUUUUUUAGAUUUUUUUUUAGACAAGACUUUUUUUUUUUUUUUACUUACCUACACGAUUACAAACCAUAUCAGCUAGGGGAUAUAGCUACGAUAACGAUUUUCGGCAUCCAGUUCAAAGCGUACAAAGAUUGUUCAUAUAUCAUGAUUUUGGAAUCGUAUAUUCUAAAAUAUUAAAUUGUCCUAAUUUUUUCAAUCUUAUCUUUAGGAGAGAAACGAUUACCUGUUAUUAAUUUUCAAAUAGCAACCUAUAUUAAAAAUUCCGUAAAUGGAUAUACGAAUUUUAAUUUAAAUGCUUUUUUUUGUCUUGAAAUUAUUGUUUUUCGUCAAUAACGGAUAAACGAGGUAUUUCAGUUCAAUGUUUGGAUAGAGGAGAGUAGUGGAACACUAUUCAAACGUAUCAUUAGAGUGGCGGCAUGGCGCACGGCAUUUGAAUAAUACACCAAAAUGCAUUUAAACUAAUAUUUCAUUAGGUGGUAAUAUAGGUAAAUAAUUUCACCACACAAAAAUAAGGACAAUGAAUAUUUUAGAAUAUAUGAUUCAAAAACGUUUUUAAAUAACUAAAAAAUGUAUAUAAGUUAAUACUUCAUUUUUUUAAAAUAAGUAUUAUAUAGCAAAUUUUACUCAAAUGAAAUUUGAAUGACCUUUAUAAAGUUUCUAAUAAAGGUAAAUUAAUUUUUUUUUUUUUUUUCAAAGAAUUAUAUGUUUGAGUUAAAUUUGGAAUAUAUUUUGAACGUUGCAGCAACUGAAACGGAAUUUGUUUACGUGAAUGUACAAAUGCACAAAGUCAAUGCACAAAGAAAUAAUAAAUAAUUAGUUUUUUACAAUAACGCAAAUUAUUUUUGUGUUUUAUAAACACAAUUAACAGAUUUUUGCGCUACGAUUUUAUUUAAUAAUUUGUUUUUUUAUACGAUCAUAAAAUUUAUGUUAUUAUUAAAUACUUUUUUUUUCAUCGAUAAUAUGUAAAAAUAUCAUUAAUUAACAAUAAAUUUAAAAAAAAAUAUAAGGGAAAUGUUAAUUAAAAUGUUCAUAUUUCAAUAUUAUUAUUGAGCAUGAUCCGUGUUGAUUAAAACUUUUUGAAUUAAAAAAGUUUAGCCUGAGGUUAUGUUUUUUUUUUUCUUUGAAGUUAAUAUUUAAAUCAUAGAGAAAAAAUAAUCAAAUCUUAUUGAAUAAUAAAACUAAAUAAACAUAAAAUAAUACAAAAUCAAUGCUCAUAUAAUAACAUCGACGCUUUUAUUAAAUUUAGGUUCGUGGUUUUGGACUGCAACAAUAUUUAGUUUUUUAAUGUACCCGUAUCUAUAAUCGAUAGGAUAUUUGUUUUGUAGCUCACUGUAAAACUUUGCUUUCUUAACAAAAAAUUUCAAUUAUAUAUAUAUUACAGCGUGUUCAAUUUUAAAACUUUUACUUUGUAUUUUUUGACAUUUUAAAUUGUCAAGGUCCCACAUAAUUUUAAGGACAUUGUUUUUAUUUUUAGUUCAUUUUAUGCUAUGUCAUCCAUUUUAACAUGAACUAUGUACAUUUUUUUUUUUUUAUUUGCAUUUGCUGUAUAUGCGUCAUACUUUUAUUUUAUGUAUUUUUUAUAAGCCCGCGCUAUAUACGAAUAUUAUAAUAUGUAAAUACAGCGUUUGAUUUGUCAUGAUUCGAUAAGAUAAGGAUAAUCGCGGGGUUAUUAAAUACGACGCAUCAGUAGUAAAUUUCCAGAGUAAGGUUCCAUAACAUUUUUCGUAAUUUUAAAUGCAUUUUUUAAGGUUUUAUAGUGUAAAAAUAAAUUCAUAGCCCCGGAGAUUAUAAUAUCGGAUAUCUGUAAAAAGUCAUAUCGCCCCAUCCCUAUAAAGCUAUUUCAUAAAACGUGAUAUGGGAAUGCGGAUGGAAACCUGGUCUACCACACACCAUGUAUGAUCUUAAGUAUACACAUAAGUACAACAGUUUUAUUGGUCUGACGACAACGUCGCGGUUAAUGCUCGUUUGUCGAUCGCAAUCGGGAGGGAGGGGUUAUCCUACCCAAAAAUCCAUAUCUGUGGUCGGCGGUGAUUGGGCGGUUACACACAUAUUAUAUUGAAUAUAUAAGAGGCGUAUAAACAUUACAUAUGCAUAAUAUACGGAGUGAUUCUUUUAUCACAAACUAUAAUAAGGAUUAUAUUUGUGUACGAAGAUUUUGAUAAAAUGAUAUUAUAAUGAUCUUUUAGUUUAUAAUAUUUGCAACAUAUUACUUUUACUGUCAUAUUAUGAACAGCAUAAACACAUCGUAAUAGUAUUUUCAAAUUUUGAUUUUCAAUUUACAUUUUUAAUUUCAGAUAUCAUAAAAAAAUCAAGACAAAUUGUACUGAAACGUAUAAUUUAUACUUAUACUAUUUUUCUUUUCAUUUUUUUUUUUUAAUACUAUGAAAUGAUUUGUUUCAUUUUGUUUUCAAUGUUAUACAUAAUAAUAAAUAAUAUAAAAUACAGAGAAUCGCGAUAAAAAUUGACAACGCUAUUAAUAUUGUUAGUUUGUAAUCUUGUCUUGUACCUCGAAACGCCUAAAUCAGACACCGGUAGUAUUCACUCAAAUUUUUCAAAAUCUUCGAGGAUUGUUUCGUGGUGACUGAUAUGAAAUAAUCACCCUGUACAUACUCCUAUACUGUACGCGAAAAUAAAAUAAAUCCUGAAAACCCGUCUAUAUAUACAUAGGUUUAGGCUAAUGCGGGUUUGUGUGCAAACAUAUUCAUGAUGUUCCUUUCGGACCCUCCUGGCAAACUCAAACACACCCCCUUAUGCGUAUACCUAUACACAUUCGUGGCCCGUUAAAUCCUCCACCAGGUAGGAUGAAAAACAUCACGAAAUGAAAAAGAGAAAUAAUAAUGAAAAAAUAAAAAUAAUAACGUGCGCACUCCGAGUUAAAAUAUAAAUGAAGACUUGACCGUUAGUUUUUAUCGUCUCUUUACUACUAUUCCCUCCUACUUCUCUAACUGAAGAUAGGUAUAUUCGAUUUCCCUUAUAUUGGCUAUAAGGCGCUGAAUUUCAAAAGCGCGCUUUUACGUAUUUAUGAUAAUAUUAUGACCUAGGUACACAUACACUAUUGUCGUUGUUCAGUUUAAAAGGCAAGUAUAUUGUAUGUUGAAAAGCCAAUAGAAAAGUAUCAUAUUUGAGUUCUCUUCGGUGUAUUUCAUGUGUAAAUCUAUUGUUUUGCGUUAAAUAACAACGUUUUAUCAUAAUCCACACUGUAAUCUACAUGGAUAUUAUCAGUUGUAACACACCGUUACAACCCACCUCUGAAGUCGAUAAUCAGAGCAACAUUUCUGGUAAAAAGUUUUUAAUAGAAAAGUAAACUGAUUUUGUUUUGGUAAGAUACCUACAAACUUAAUCCAACUAACUUAUUAUCGAGUAUUUAUACCAUUAUUCUAAAAUGAAUAACACAACAAUUUUAAUAUUAAUUUGAAUUUAUAACACUGCGGGAAAAACGAUUCUGAUUGGUGGUUAUUAUACGAGGUGUGGCUAUUAAAUAACGAGACUGCUCGCCUAGAGGGCGCCCUAGAUGGGUAGUGAAACAAAUGAGUAAUGCGUUGGGUAUCUAGAUAUCUUAUCUACGUACCAAAACACGUUUUCGUCACUAUUAUAGUAUUUGUGCAGUAAUGGUUUGAAACGAACGUAUUUUUUUCUCGUGCCAAAAAACAUGAGCAACGGAUAAACGUAAAAUGUUCUCGUUAAACUAAAAAAAACUCUAGCUGAGUGCUAUAAGUUGUUAAAAGAGGCCUAUAGUGAGGAUUUCCUAUUUCGGGCGCGUAUUUUUGAGUGGCAAAAUUUAUUUUCUGAAGGUUGAGAGUGCACCGGAAUCCAAUUCAAUCGUAAUCCAAAUUCAAAACCGUUUUCUUCGAUAUCAACGGCAUCGUGGUGACUAAAUGAGUUCCAGAGGGUCAAACUAUGAACCAACAUUACUAUUUGACAGUUUUGACAACAUUGCGCGAAUGAGUUCGUAAGAAUGCCUAAAAUAAUAUUUAUCAUUGUUAUGGUAUUUUAUCUGUAAAUAAACUUAUUAUUCUGCUAUAUUUAAUUGUGUAAAUGGUUUUUUUGGAACACCAUAAUGUUAUUAUAUCUCUUCGUUUUAACUUUGAAUGUUUCGUCAAAGAAAUAAUUCAAUUUUGUAUAAAAAAUAAAAUAAAAACUACUCGUUAAACCCGCUACUUAAUAAAUUAGAAUCACAUAGACGUCCCCCCUCCUAAACUCUAAAGUACAUAAAAUCGCACUGUCGAAUGAUUUACAUCGGAUUUAAUAAUAUAAUGUCGCGCUAAUCGAAAGUGUACUCAAAAUAACGAAAUAAAUGGCCUAUAUAUCUUCUUUUUUUCUCUUCUUUUUUUUUUUAUUAUCCUUGCAUCCUGAUUUUUCGUUUCGGCGGAAAUCACCUUUACUUCCCAUUUUCGAGAAUAUAGUCGAGUCGUCCGCCCUAAAUAUAUCGAGAUAACGCGGUAUAUAUAUUAUGUAGGUAGACGAUUUAGGUACCUACUGAAAUUUACGAAGGACGACAAAAUAAUAAUAUAUUAUAUCGUCUAGGCGAGAUUUCACGGUGGUGUGUGAGGUUUAAUAUUAAUUUAAUAAAAAUGUUUAAAUUAUAAUAACACAUUAUACCUAUGCUGCGUUAUAAUAAUAUUAUAUAGAGAAAGACAAAUAUUAUUCUCUUUGAAACGCCGUAAAAUUAUUAUAGAAUUUAAUCUGUUAUUAGAAGUCGUAUAAUAAUCAUAAACGCAUCUACCGGCCCUGGGUAUCCUUUGGGGCAAAUUGAAUACACACUUUUUUACGGAAUCGAUUGAAAAAAAAAGAGCUUGAGAAAAACGAUGGACGUGGGUUGGCUAAUGAAAUCAGAUGAAAACAUUUGGUUAAAAAUAAAAUUUAAAUUUAAAAAACUCACAGAUCUACAUUUAAAUUAUCAUGCCGAUCUACUUUUUCUUCGAAUCUUUUACAAUGUCGUGUGUACGAGUGUACAUAAUAUAUUUUGUAUAAAAUACAUAAUAUUUUAGAAUUUUCGCUAAUAUAUUUUAAACAUUUUCUUAUAAUACCCAAUUCAUGUUUUACGGUACAUUAAAUGUGGGUAGAAAAUAGAAAUAAAAUCAUAAAUCGCGAUACGCAAUAAAACAUCAAAGAGUUAUAUUUUAGAGGCCCUCUGAAAAAUUUUAUGUUAGGCAGGUAGGUAUCUACCUAUAUAAUAAAUACACGUGUUUAUAUUACAAAUACCUAUUACGUUUCUGUAUAAUAUAUUAUUAUAUUAAAAAAAAUAAUAAUAAUAACAAUAAAUAAAAAUUAUUUGUAGAAUAAUAUGUAAAAAUAUGCAUGUAUUAUAUUGUCUAAAUAUAAAUUUGAAAUAAUAAUAUGCAUUAGGAAAAUGAUUGAACCGACUUUCGGCAACCGUUACUAUUCACGUAUUAUUAUUAUAUACGGUACAUAAUAACAAUAAUUUGUUAUGCUCGAAUCAAAAAAUAAAAAUAAGUCACCGAAAAAUAGAACCGUGACCUCGAUCAGGGGUAUUUUAGUAUAAAACGGAUGGCAUGAAAUUCAGAUAGAAUAUCUCUGCACGAUUUGACAAUUCCCUAUUAUUACGUCGUAGGUUCUUAAUCAUAUCCGGCCCACUUUCAAGUAUAAAAUAUAGCCACGGACACCCACCCAAAGAAAAAAAAAAAUAUUAUUUUUAAAUCAUAAUACUUAGACAGUCACUACAGUUCAUUUAUUGUUUAUUAAUGUCAUUAAAAAGCACGUUUAGGAUACAUACGAAUAAUUUUUUUUUUUUUUUUUGUUUGGUUUGCAAUUUAUUUAAGUUUCAGAGUGACAUCGGUUGUAAUUUUUAAUGCAUCGAAUUUAAUCGAAACUGUUAAUCACCUCUAUUAUUGCUUUGAAAUCCAGGACCAUAAAUUAAAUGAAGCAAUACAUAUAUUAUCUUAGAUUUCCGAUGUUAUGAUGGUGACAAACGAAGAAAAUCCGGACUAUUAUCUUUAGUCCUUACAACAACUCCGUGGAUCUUCAUAUAACUAUUUACCAUGAACCACAGGUUAAAAAAUCCCAGUUUAAAUUUUUAUUCCAUAGAAAAUUGUUAAAUCUUGCAGAUACACUAUGCAUAAUUUCUGCUAAUUUUAGACGUAUUUCAGUAAGUACUUUAAAUCGCCGCAGAUAAAGAAUUUAGCAUUCAAAUUUUUUUUUUCUGACCACUUAAGUUCAUUAAAAGGACGAAUGUACCUGGUAUUUUUUUAAUUUAAAAAUGCAACCUUAAAAAUACCUUCUCCUCCCACCCUCCCUAAUAAAUUAACGUUUCAAAUUUUAAGACCGCACAUAAUUUUAGAUUUUACUAUUAUAAAACGACUUAUUCAUUACACAUUCAUCUGUAUAUUUUGUAUCAGGGUCGUAUUUGACAGAGGAUUUUAGGGGAAUUGUCCCGGGUAGCAAAUGUUUGGGGGGGGGGCAUCCGGAUACCGGAGUACUAUAUGAAAAAUUUAAAACUUUUUGACCCUUGGUUUAGGAUGAAAAAAAAAAUACCAACAUCAAAAAAUAAAGAUUGAUUUAUUUUUAUAUGAUUUGGUCUGCAAAUUAAUACAAGAUUUCACAUAGCAACAUCAUAAUGGCAAUGAGGCAUCCAGCGAACACAAAAUAUUUGAAUACAUAAAAAUAAACGUUCCAGUUGUUAUAUGAUUUAUUUUUGAAUCAAAUGAAUAAACACUUAACAGCCAAUUCAAACUGUUGCGUUUAUGCGUGUGCUUUGGUUCGUGUAAUCGUGUAUACGUAAUUACAUUCAGUUUUUUAGAUUCUGAGUGUAGCCGAAAAACACUGGUUCCACAAAAAAACUUACUCCGAUGAAUACGAUGUAGACCCUUUUAUGAAAAAAAAUGUUCUCAGAAGUUCUCAUCAAAUGGACAAUUCGUUCCAUCUUUUUUCUGUAAUAAUGAAUAAUUAAAUAGUUUUUUUUUAGUGUACUAAAUUAUAAGAUACGUUUUAUACGAAUACAACGACGAAAACCUAAGUAUACAUAUUUUUACAUUGACAACGAAGAGAAAUAAGUGAAAACAAAAUUAUUUACAUAAUUGUUUUUCAAUAAUUAAAGGUAAUAUUAUUAUUAUCUACAACUUCCGUAGGCUAACUUAACGAUUCGUUAAUUGUUGGUAACAUCAGUUCAGUAAGUUCAAUAUUGCAAUCAUAGACAUUAUCUAAGAUUUCGUGGACGUGUGGCAACUCUCGUAUGCAUAAAAACACCAACCACUAAAAUUAUAAUGAAAACAAAACCAUUAUUUAUGACGAGUGUUACCACAGUUAGACAAAAAUAAUAAUCUUAUAAACCAAAUAAUAUCUUAUUUUUUGGUAAUGUAGUUAGGCUAUUAAUAAAUAGCGGUAGUAUAUUAAAUUAUUUACCAACGAAAAUAGUGUAUCUUAUGAAAAAAAGUCCUUAUUUACAAUUGAAACUUAAAAAAUAUAAAAAAAUAUAUGUGUAUAAUACAUAUAAAUAUCUGUAGCUAGUUACAAGAAAGGCCAGUGUCACAUUUUGUGAUUAUUGGGAAAUGGAUUUUGAAAUUUUAUUUCCCCAUAAAGCUCUGCGUAUUUUACUAAAUAUAAAUGUUUGUGUAAUUUUAAAUUUUUACAAAAACUUACAAAAACAAAUUUUAUUUAGAAUAUAAAUAAUUACAACUUAAUUGCUAAUAGUCCGAAGUAUCGACUUUUGGUUCAUGAUCAAGGUAUAUUGAACUUUGAUUUUGUUUUGAUACACUUGUUGAAUUAAGAAGUAUUAUAAUAAAGGAAUUGUAUUCCAAUAAUUUUAAGUAUUUAUGUAUUAUAUAAUAAUUAUUAAUAAUUAUAAUAUAUAUAUAAUAAUUAUAUAAUACUCUGUACUCAUUGUCCCUUUGGAGUGUUAAGUAAAAUAAAUAAAUAAAAUGUUAUACUUAUUUUUACUCUAAGAACAUUACUAUAUUUAAAUGAAUUUUGAAAUUUGUGAUACAUAAACAGCAGUAUUUCAAACUUGUAAUAAACACAUUUUAGGUAAAUAGUUAUAACGUUUAAAUUUGCAAUUUUUUUUUUUUCUUCGGAUAAUUAGAUUUUGAAUAUUUUAAAUUUGUUCACUACUAAGAGCUUCAAAAAAAGAUUUGCUCCGGGCAUCCAAAAGUCUAAAUCCGAGCCUGUUUUGUAAAUUUAUACGAGAAAAUGUCUGUAACCUAAAUUUCUAAUCAUCCAAUAUAUUAUGCAUAUUGUGUUAGGUACUUAGGAAAUUUACACAGACACUCGAAAUACAUGCGAACUUCAAUAAGUUCGAUUCAAUCCAAACAACAAAUCACAAUAAUCACCAUAUUAUACUUCCAUAACGUCCUCCGGUACUAGAAUGGCCUGUUUGCAUUUCGAGUAGGUACCUAUUUGACAGCCAAUUGUUGAUGCUUAAACGAAACUAUACAGACGAAAUAAUAUUAUAAAAAAAAACCCAUUCGAACUUUGUCGACGAAGUUUUUUAAUUUAGUUUUGAAAGUAUUUGAAACCGGUGUAACCUUGAAAAUGGAUACUCGUAAUAUUUAACCUCUCCGAUAAAAUGUUACUAAAAAAGAACACCCUCUUGGUAAACUAUUUGGGAGUAAAAUUUCACUAGUAAAUAUUUACCCGCUAAUACUUUCCAAGGGAAACAUUUCAAAUUUCAUCUCAACUCAAAUUUAUCCCCCCCUCCUCAGUCAAAUAUUACGGAGUUCAAUAUUCAUCGGCACACUGGUCACCGUAUAUUAGUUUCAUUCUUAGGUUUACUUAUAGAUUUUAUUCGGUUAGGUUAAGUACUUAUGUACUUUUGAACGUAUGACUGAACGAUUGCAAUGUGAUAAAAGUUGGAUGUAAUUUUAACAUGAAUUUUGGCAUAUUUGUCCGGGAAGGUAUAUUUUUUAGGCUUUAAACACUCUUAUAUACAGAUCCUCCUAAAUGGAACUACACUGAUAAAAUUGUGUAGAACGAUACAUUAAUAUCAACAACGCGCAUGGUAAUUCUGAAAUGUGAAGAAGAAAAUUCAAUAAGAAGGAAAUUUGGGUGUAACCAAUACAAAUCAGUUUAUCCAAAAGAUACACUGCUUUGGACAUAUAAUGCGUAUAAAUGACGAUAAUAACAAUUAUCUAAAAACCAACAGGGAACAUAUCCUGAGGUAGUAAGGUUAACCAAAAUAAUGUAGCUAAAUGAGGUUGAGAAGUACCUAGAUAGGUUAGGCACCAACUACUGGAGAUAUAUCAUUCGAAAUCAAUAGAAGUGUCGGCAAAUUGUAAUGAUAGCGAAAGUAAUUGUAGAGUAAUGGAAAUUAGAACAAGAAAAAGAAUCCUUAAUCAUAAUUCCGUGUUUUAAAGUGAAAAUAUUGAACUCACAUUACAGAUACCCAUCGAAUGUCAAAUGUAACUUCGUUUAAAUAAAACAAAAAAGCUAUUUAUUCGUUAAAAUGAUAAAAAUACUGAUUACAUCGUAGAAACGCUAAUUUUUUUUUUUAAUCUAGUCUAAACAUACCUAAAUAGGUAUUAUAAAUCUAUCUAUUUUGUACCUUUUUUUUUUUUUGUUUUUCUUGGUUGUUACCAUCCGAUUAAUUUUUUUCGCCAUUUUAUUUUAUUUUAGCAAACUCAGUCAACCGCUGAAAGCGUCGUCCUAAGGCCAUUGGAACUCGCGAGUAGUGGCAAAUACCGGUGCGAAGUUUCUGCAGAAGCGCCAUCGUUCCAAACUGUCACCAACCACAGCUCUAUGCUUACAGUCGGUAUGUACCGUUUGAUAUAAUUAUUCCUAUAUUUAGACAAGAUAUAAUCGUCUCCUGAAAUUCAGAACGUGCGAUUUCAAUUUUUUACAUUAAAUUAACCAACCAUAAUAAAACUUUAUAAAUCAUUGCAUUUACUCAGUCGCUUAAACUUUAAUUUGUUCAAGAGGGGAGAAAAAACGUUAAUUUAAAAAGAUCAAAACAAACGUUCGUUAUAUUAUAAGGAUAAAGCGUUUUGGUAAAUAAAUUUAUAGGUUUGUAAAUAAAACGAAUUCACUUAAAAGGUUAUGGGGGAGGUGUGAGGGGGUAGGAGGGUACCGAAUAAAUUACAUCGGAGAGACAAUAAUUAUUUUACUCUUUAUUACGUCAUAAAACUGAAAUUAUUAUUUGCUUAACGAUUCUGCACGGCAGUGUAUAUAAACCAAAUGGAUCGUAAAGUUAACCGCGAGAAGAUGAGAAACUGUGGAAAAAUACAGACUAUAUUCCGAGACUGCAGAGUCGAACGUAUCGACCUGAUACCAAUACGAAUGCUUAAUUAAUAUUUCGGUUGUCAUUACACAGCUCCCGGCGAAUCGCGAAAUCGCUAGAGUUCUUGCGGUGCAUUUCGAUCGACAUUUUUUUUUAAAUUCCUAUUCAAAAAAAAAUUUGAAAAAAAAUCGAUUUUACCAAUAACGAUAAAUAUUAUUUUUGUUCGGUUUACCGAAUCAGUAACGGGACGCCGUGUCCCGAUAACUCUUUUUCUGCUACUAUUUCCAUAAUUUAGCAGUCCGCCGCGGUUCCACAAGCUCUCACGUACCUCUACCUAUACAUAUAAUAUUAUAAUGACCUCCGGCCGCUUUUUCUUCAGGCUUUGAAGAAAAAAAAAACCCCAUUUUAAAAUGUCCGUUAUCGGGUCGUUCCGUCGCGUACGUCGUGUAGGUAUACGGCGGUAAGUAUAUGUAUACGCUUGUGGCAUAUACAUGUACUUGGGCAUCGCGGUUGUCUACAUCGCACACACGCUAUUACGAAACCACCUAACCAAGUCGUCUAUAAUAUAUAUCAUAUGUAGGUAUGAUAUUAAAAACCGUGAAUUUUUAUUUAUUUUUUUUUUUAUUUUUCGUUCAACAAUAGUCGAAUAACUAUAUUAUAUAUCGGUACACUUUUUAAAUACAGGGUACUAUUAUGGUACGCGUUAUUAUAUUAAAUUCCAUUAAUUUAAAACGUCCGCCACCCGUGUAUAUAUAUUUUACGGGUCGUGUCUAAUGAAUUUUGGUCCGAGUGCUCGCGUUGUAUUAUAUAUAAGACGCGUUUUAUAUAUACAUAUAUAAAAUAAUAAUAUACCUAUAUAUUAUUAUAACGAGUGCAGUGCAAACGCACCCGGCCGGGGAAGAUGGUCCGGGCGGAGAGAGCGGAUAGCCGCGGCGGCGCGGCGGUCGUACUUUCCAAAUUAAUUGUCCGUGAUUUAUUCCGUUUUCGGUUUAUAUACGUACACUAUAUAUAUUAUAAUAUAGGUAUAAAAUAAACGGUAUAAAUACGCGGGCGCGUAUCGUUUUUUUUUUUUUUUUUACGAGGGAAAAAAAUAUUUACGGUCGGGCGAAUAUAAGAGAACGGGGGGACGAGAGUCUUUUCCUAAUCGCCGUCGCGAAGUUUAACGCUUCCGAACAAGUACCAGCUAUAAUACUAUACUUAUCGUUUGUUCGCGCGAGAUCUUUGUGGGUCCGGCGCUGUACGGAACAUCUCGCUAAUAAUCGAAUGCCUAACCUCGCCUUUCGCAAUUCAACUAAACGGCGUGUCUGUUAAACCCGUUCGGAUCGGUGAAAUCAUUGACGUCCCGAUAAUAAUAAUUGAUAGUCAAAACAAUAAUGGUACUAUAACAUCACAGAGUCAUUGGAUUCAACUUUCAACUGCAUUCAUAUCAAUAUGACUUUAUACAUAGGGAUGUCACCUCUUCGGAUUUCACCCGGAUACUCCGGUUUUACAUGAAAACCUACGGGCUACGGGUUCAUGAAUUGUUCUCCGUGUCUUCUUAAAAUUAGUGUUACAUAUUUAUAUAGUUAUAUAGAGUUUGUCGAUAAGCAUCGAGAACAAUGAUUUUGAAACAUCUUGUAACUGUUUUAAUUUAAUAUUUUCCGUAAAUGUGCGCUUCCGGACAAGUGGGCAACCCGAAACAUUCGACGGGAAUAUGUAUAAUAUUAUUAUUCAUUUUAUCGUUUAACAAUUCCGAAUUUUAGCGAAUUUGUUUAAGUUUGGCGGCCGAGCGAAUCUAUUUUUUUUCGCGUGGUGAGCAAUAUAGACUCACGAUGAACUGAAGAGGUUGAGAAACGUCGGUAUUAUUUAGAAUUAAAAUAUUUUAAAAGCCACACGUGUGUUGUUACCUAAUCGAAUUUUUAUUUAAGAUUAUUUUUGUAUUGUAUUAGAUCUUGGAGAAUAAAUACAAUAUCAUUUGGUUUUUUUAGGCAAUUAAUUUGUGUACGUAUUUUAAUAAAUAAGUACGCUUAAAACAAUACGUUGUUAAAAAAAACAAUAUAGAUACUUUAAACUGUGUAAAACAUUUUAGAUUUUUUUGUUUUAUUUUAAAGAAAAAAAAACCGUAUAGGUAUCUAGCUCAUAUAAUAUUAUGAUGAUUCAGCGUACAAAACAUUUAUUGAAACCUCCCUGGAUAUUUUCGAUUUUCGGAAUAAUUAACUUAAACACAUUUUUGUUCGGUCCUGUAAGCUACAAUAUAGAUUUGUUCUCGGACUAGUUUUUUUUUGGUAAAACAAACACUCGCCUAGAAGGUACUCAAAAUGUCAUUACUUAUUAUUAUGACUUUUCUUCCGAACUGACCGCAUUUCGAGUCAAUUCGUCCGUUUAUCCAUCUCCACCUCCCGCGGGGCGCGUUCUAAUCGGCCGAAAACAACAUGAUUUCCCUUCCCCCCCCCCGUCACCGUGUCAGUCUCGUAAAAUCUUUUCGGACGUCCUCCGGAUGGGAAUAAUAUUGUCGUCGCACGUGCAAAUUGGUUUAACUCGCAGCCUUUGUCUCGGCUACGUCUAAUUCAAUCCGACUCCGUCGUCUCGUCUAUAAUUCAAUCCGAUCUCUAUAUAUCUGUCUUCUUCUCUUUCUCUGUAUCUAUAUAAUAUGUUUCUCGUCGUAUAUAUGGAAUAGUAGAAGCUGUACAUAAAGUGUGUAGGUAAGGUACCCAUCACAUCUCGGGUCUGCACUCCCGCUAUCAUUACCGCCGUAUAAUCUCCGAAAUGGUCCAAAAGCUAUUCAAUUCGUGGAAAUUAUUAUACGCUCUGGAAAAUCGUCAUUAUAAUAAUGUAAUAUACGAAAGGUAUGCGACAACGACGACGACAACGUUUAUGUGAUUGCGUUUCCGAACCGUUUAUUGCCGCGAAAACAAAAAGGCAAACGAAAUUUGUCUUUAAAUCACCGUCGAAUGUUUUAUUCUUUUUCCACGGUGACAAAUAAAUCUGUUUUUAAUAGUCUCUCUGACUGCCUCGUAGCCGUCCGGUCAGCUUAAUUUAUAGAUCCUAUCCGAUGUCGGCCCAAACCGAAUAGUAACCGAGUCGGUUUCAAGAGGAGUUAUAUAGGAAUUUUACAAAACAUAAUACCGGUUGGUCAAAACCUGAUGAUAAUCCAAAGAAGUUAUCACUGUUCCAAGAGUAAACCUAAAACCUAAAUGCUACCUAGCCGAUGAAAAACCGUGACGGGCUGCUUAUUCGCCAUUUAUGCCUACCGCUUAGCCUAAAAUCUGAUAUGGGUAUGCAAACUCGUAGCCGGUCAAUGAACCGGGUUGUUUUCACCAUGGCAAUACAAUAAAAUAUCAUCACUUCAUUCGUUAUUCUUAUAUUAUGGAGAACGCUUUUUUUUUCUUCCGAUCGAUUUUAAACAUUUAAUGAUCCACUUCAAAAAAUAUAAAUAAUAAAAAAAAACAUUAAACAUUACUUAUAUACUACUACAGUAAAGUACCACUCCUUUUCCGACCCGGCAUAGUGACAAUCAGAGCGCGAAUUUUUUUUCAAAAGAAUAUUUCCAUUGUAUUGGAUUUUAACAGCAGUAUUAUAUAGUGGAAUUAAUGUCAUCAAAUUCAGAGAAUCUAAGUUAUUAAAAAAAAAUUCUUUCAAAGGGAUUUUUUUUUUUUUUUGUAACUACAAUCAACACAAAAAAUAUUGUAUGCAAUUUUUACCAUUUCUUGUAACAAAAAUAAUAAUAUUUAUGAAAUAAAUGUUUCUAAAAAUAAAAAAAAUUGGUUCAUACAAUUCACCCUUUUUAAGACAUAAUAAUGCGCAAUUAAAAUUCUAACCUUUUUUUUAUGUUUUUUUUUAUCAACAAUACGCUGUCGUCGAUUAAGAUUUAAACAAAUUGUUUAUAAUUCCGGUUAACCUGCAACGUCCUAAACACGUAAUAUAAUUAGUUACGUUCUCUUCACAUUUAAUGUUAUAAUUAAAAACAUUUAACAAUAUUUUUUUGCCGGACGUUUUAAAAGAAUAUAAUAUGAACAUGUUUUUUUUUCCGAGUUAUAUAAGAGAACAUUAAAGUAAAAAUGUGGCUGCGGUAUUUAAUAUACAUAAUCACGUGUCGCAUUUCAACAGAAUAUAAAUCGUAGUAUAGUCAUAAACUCAUAACCAUUCAUUUCCGGUGCAGUACACGGUCUCGUUGAAUCCUCAGUGACAAUAAUAAUAAUAAAUUAUGGCCGCGUACGGAAUUAUCGAGUUUCUAAAUUUAGAUUAAAUUAUUAUUUAUUAUUUUUAUUAUUAUUUUUAGAAAAUCCCCUAGGGUUGUCGACAUCGUUCGGUGCCCACGAGCGUUCAUGACUGACUAGUUUACCCAGCCGUCCUCGGAAACCCGCGGAAAAAUAUAAAAAACCUAAUCUCAUCGUAUAACACGCAACAGAAAUAUUAUAUUUAAAAAACGUAUAACAAUGCGAAACGAAAUAGUUUAAUUUUGAUAACACUAUGAAACAGAUUUCAUGCUCGGAAAUCUCCAGAUGAUCCAAAACGAUCAAAAACAAACAAAUUAACGCGAUCCUAGAGCACUUUUUUUAUGCUAUAUAUUUUUUUUUUUAUUUGUAUUAUUGGUCGGUCAAAAAUAUACGAGUAGCUAAUUUAUACCAAAAUGUGUUUCGUGACCUAUUUUCGUUCCAAUUCUAUUCUAAAUACUAUUUGUACAACAUUUUAAUUUGAAUUUUAAAAAAAUAAUAAUUUAUGAUUUUAUAUUUGUGUAAAUUUUUAAAGCAUAUUUUAAAAAUUGCUUACAUUUUUAGAGCAUAUUUAAGAAUUUAAUACAUUUCUAAGACAUAUUAUAGGAAUGAUUUCUUUUUUUUUUUUAUUUUAGAAGAUAUUUUGGCAUUUCAGUAUUUCUAUUAGUGCAUAUAUUUGCUUAAAUAUUGUAAUAUUUUAGUAUACAUAAAAUAUCUGCCUUAGCGAUGUUGAGUAUUAUAAUAUUUCGUUCGUGUGAUCAUUUUUACAAGUUAAGAUCGAAUUACUAGAAUAAUGUGAUUCAAUAUAGUGGAAUUUACAAUUGAGGCUGAAUAGAAAAUUUGAUUUUUACAUACGAAAUUCAGAAAUCUAAUAUUUAUAUACAUUUACAUAAUAUUAUUAUAAUAGGUAUAUAUUUUUACUACCCAUAAAAUAAAAUAAUUUACCACGGCGUAUGUGUACUACGAGAGAUUAAAAUAAAAAUUAGCAUAUUAUUACAUUAUAAACCAACAAGAUUUUAAUUUUAUUUGCACUUUAUGUAUUCAUAUUACUUUCUUUUUUUUAAUAUUUUGUUCGAAAAAGUGAUGGUCGUUAAAAACUUAAAGGGUCAUUCGGAAUCAAUGGCGUAUUUGAGGAGGGGAGUGUGAUGAAGGAGAUCGCCUCCAUCAAUUAAUUUAUGUAGGUAUCUGCUAUAUAAAUAUAUACAAAAAUUUAAUAUUACUAGAAAAGUGUCAUCAGAUACAAAAAUAUAAAACACUUCAUGGUAAGAUAAAUAGAGUAAAGUAGGUAUAAGCUUGUGUGCAAUAAUGUUAGUAUUCGCCCCCCCCCCAUCAUAGGUGUUAAUUUAGCUUGUUUAAAGGGGGGCUGAAAUUAUAAAUAUAGAAUAGGCCUACGGAGGGUUUCGCCCCUCCUUACCCCAAUGUAUACAUGUAUUCAUUUUACUGUAAAACAUGCAUAUAAAUACUUCAAAAUUAUUUAUUAAACAAACCAUACAAAUUUUAAUUUAAUUAUCAAUAACAUUUUCUUUACAUUAUUUUAACAUAUAUAUUAAUGUUCAUCAGCAAAUUGUUUAUGAAUAAUCUCUGUUUUAAUAUUUUUGGCAUCACUUUUUUUCUGUAUAUAAGAUAGACACCUGAAUGAAUAAAUCUUGUAACAUAGAUGAUUGUAGUCAUGUUUUUAUCCAACACAUAGCUGAGUAGCUUCUCUCACACGUGGAGGAACUAAUUGGAAAUGUUAAUGAAAAUAAGUCGUCGUCUGUUCGUCAUAACAUCUUCUUCUUCUUCUUCAGUAUUCAAUCCUGAGAUUGGUUUGUAGAAAUUCUCCACUCUUCCCUGUUACUUACCUUCCUCUUUGUCUCUUUAUAAGAAGUACACCCUUGGUCCUCUAUUAUUUGUUGCAUAUAUUCCAUUCGUGGUCUUCCCCGAUGUCAUAACAUCUUAACUGAUCAAUAUUUGAUGUUUACACUUUACCGUUCAUCGUCAUAAUACUGACUCAAUUGUUAUUUGUAUUGGGUUUUCACAUAAAUUUAAAAGAUAGUGAUUUUUCGAUAGUAAUAGCGAUAAUAAUAAAAGCCAAAAGCCUAUACAUCGCACGUCGUCUACUAACUGUUAUCUUUGUUGCCGUUAUAAUACAUUAACCUAGCUUAAUCAUUCUAAUUUUAUUACACUACAAAAUCGGCUGUCCAAAAAUAUAACACAGCAAUUUUUCUAACACACGACCUUAUGGGUUAUUAAAAUUUAAAAUGCUUAGAGGGGCUACACAAACUUUUGGGGGGUUAAGCCCCAUAAGCCUCCUAAUUUACGUCUAUGCCCUCCAUAAUACUUAGUCAAAUACGCCACUGUUCGGAAUUUGAAAGGGCUUAAAAUUUUCCAAUGGUUGAUUUGAAACACAAAGGAGAUAAACUAGUAUUAUAGGUACUUACAAGUCCAAAAAUGGUCCUUGCGUAAAAUGUUUGUCUCGUUUAAUUAUAAAAUGGAAAUGACGACUCAGAUUUUAUGGAUUUCUCAGAAAAAAAAAAAGAAAAAAAAAAAAGAGUUCUUUCCUAGAACAUAAUAUUUUGGUGAUUAUUAGAGUAUAUUAGUAAAUAGAUAUUUAACAGGAUUUUAUUUUUAUAAAUAUCUCCUCUAAUAAUGAUAAUGUGUAAAAUUAUAUAAAGUCCGUGUUGUUUUUUUUAGCUCCACCCGAAGAAGGGCCGCGCAUAUCCGGUGGCCAAGAUCGGUACAAACCGGGCGACACGGUCAACGUGAACUGUACAUCCGGCAGAUCGAAACCCGCCGUACAGCUGGCUUGGUACAUUAACGGCGAACAAGUAAGUCUACGUUUAUUUUCUUUUUUCCUAUAAUCCGUACGGUGAUUGUGGCCACUUUUUUGAAGCAUUUGGAACGUGUUUUGAAUCUAGCCGUCGGCUUUUAAAUCGUAAAUUUUAGACGAUUCGUUUCGGGUGUUUUGCCUGUAAGGUCCGAGCACGUAAUUGUCACAACUAUUGCCCGCACAUAUAAUACAAUUCUGUUGUCGAAACUGUAUAUAAAAGCAAAUUCUCGUGACUUUCGUGGCUGCCCGUCAAAAACCCGUCUGACAAUAAUAAUUAUAAAAAUAAAAUUUCAAAUACUCGUAAUUAAAUACUCCUUCAAAAUAUAACCAUACAGAUUUCCCUCAAAUAUUCGACCUCCUUCUCAAAUGCUCACGUGUACAACAAUAGGUGCGAAGUAUGUCCGUAUCUUUUUUUUUACAAAGUUUUGUUUUACCGCGCCUUAGGUGAACUCGUCAUAUUUACGGGGUCCAUACACUGAAUACGUCGGCCGCGAGGGCCUGAUGGUCACCACGCUCGGCCUGAAAUUCGAGGCGGGAGAAAAACACUUCCGGUCAACGACUGGUCACCAGCGGAACAAGUUCGACCGGGAUAUGAAGCUCAAGUGUGUGGCCACGCUGGGCACAGUGUACUGGAAGUCCAAAGAGCAAAGCGCGCUGGCGCACAAGCCCAGGUCCACGACGGUAGCAGCCGCCGCAUCCGAAGCCGCAGCCGCUGACGAGGGACUGGCCACCGACGAACAGGACGCCGAUUCCAGAGCUGAUCCCGUUCACGGUGAGAAAACGAACUGUAUACCGAUUUGAUAUUAAUUAUUAUUUAUAAAUUAUUUAACAUUAAAAUUGGUACACUUGUGUGAAACAAUGUGUAUAUCAUUUAGUGAUGUGACAUUUAUCCGGAUUAUGUUAGGUUACUGAAUCUGAAUUUCGAAUUUACUUAUUUCAAAAUCCAAAUUUUAGAUUUAAUCUUGUAAAUUUCUGUAUUCUAAUUUAAAAAAAUUAAUUUUAAUUAGUUAAAAUUGUUUGAUAUAAUAUCUAAAAUAAAAUCUAAGCGUAGACUUAAAAGUGAAACUUUAUUAUAAGAAAUAUAUACGAAUAAUACCUACUAAUUCGAUGUUUAAAAAUUUUCCGGAUUUAGAGUAAAAUACGGAUUUCGGAUUCAAAAUGCCAAAAAUCUAGAUUUUCGAACUUCGACAAAACCGGAUUUUUUCCAUCACUAAUAUCAAUUAUUCGUUUUGCUAUCGGCGAUCAAUUCGAUUGAUGUAAAAAGCAAAUGAAGCGUACCGAAUGUGUAUACGAAAACCCGACGUUAGACCAAUAGUAAAAAAUCCUAUACGUUUACUCAAAUAACUCGAUUUUAAUAUAUUGACGAUAUUGUGUAGAGUAUAUUGUUCGUAUGGAUUUAUUAUGUUCUACUCGACUUGCGAAAGUCCUAUUGGGCUUAAAUAUAGAUAUUGAACCACGCUCCAAAAUAGUUUUCUCCGGGUUUCGAGAAACAAUAAACAACGGCAUUAGAAUAAUACCGUUCUGAUUGGAUCGUACAUUAUAUCGAAAUCCAAAUUCAGAAACUUCCAAUCGAAAAUACAAAUACAUCAUCGUCUAAGUAACAUUGUCUGGUGUUAAUAAUAUAUAAUACUAGCUGACCUGACAACGUUUUGCUAUUACUAGGUAUUGCUGUUGCUAGAUUAUUAUGUAUUUUUAUCCUGCACAAGUCACUUUAUUAUAUUUUUUUAAAUAUAAAAAUAAGUGGAUAGUCCGACUUCGGCAGACUAAAAAUGUUCUCUUUUGACAUUUCAACCGCUAAUCAACAAACGUAAUUUAAAUCACAAUCGAGUUAAAUCAGAAUUUCAUGUCAAACAAUUAUUUGCAAAUACAUAUUUUUUUUUAUUUUUUUUUCUGUAAAAUAAUCAUUUCAUUCAUUGCUUUAUGACAUAUGACGUAUUUUGUUUUGUUGUCUGGCUCAGUGAUUGCACUCAAAUAUAAUGAAUAGCAGUUCUUUUGUUCAUUCGUGUUACUAAGGUAACCCAUAAAUCAACAAAAAUAUUGAUAAAUUUGUGUACUAAAAAUAUCUAAAACCGAAUUUUUAAGGAUAGUAUUUAAUAGGGAAUGGAUUUCAAUAGCUAUAAACCUUCUUCGGACAACGCGACACAUUUUGUAAAAAACCGCGUAGCAAUCUCUGCAAUAGUUUUUGAGUCUAUUAAUCGUAUACAGUCUGAUAGACGUUCAUUUCUAUAUAUAUAUAUAUAUACCUAUAUAAUUUAGUUAUAUUGACAUAUUGUUAAAAACAUUUUCUGAAGUUCAAUGUUUUGGAUCAAUAUUACAUCGACAUUGAGUGUCGAUGUAAUUUUUAAAAUUCAAGAUCAAUAUACUAAACUUGUUAAUUUCUACUGCGCGCAUAAUUCGACUUUGUUUUAGAACUUCGGUUCAGUGUACCUACUUAUAUGAAAUAAUAUCAUCACGCUAAUAAUUUUUAAUUCGUAUACUUGGUACUUGUAAAUAAUUUGUUUCUGUUCGUGCUUAUUAAAUUACAAACUAAUAAUCUUGACAUAAAAAUGUUAAUUUGCUAUACGUUAUUUGCAUUUACGAUACGAUUAUUGUUUUUAACAGCAUAUAGCAUCAGCUAGGUAUUGUCUAAAAUACGACGUAGACAAUGUUAACACUUAAAUACUCUUGCAAAUGUUAAUUAACAACUGUAACCAAGUGAAAUGGUCGUGAACGAUUUUUGUAUAUCGUAUUAUUGUGGUAACCCCGUUUUAGCUUAUAUCUUAUGGGAUGGUCUAUAUUAUUAUUUCUUUUAAUUUAAUCGAGCCACCCCCAGAAAUUUGUUCUAAACUAUACAAAAAUAAAUUGUGUUACGUAAUAAUUGGUCAACCCUAAAACGUACCUCAAGAAAAGUACAAUUAAAAGGGUGCUUUAUUUUUAAAGUUAAUGCCUAAAAUAUUUAUGAUAAUGCGUAAAAAUACAUAGACUAAUAUAUUUUUUAAAUUAAAUAUUUCUAUAAAUAUUGUUGCUUAUUAUUUUUCAUUACACAACCCAAUGGCACCGGAUCAGGGGGGCAGUUCACCCUCCGUUUAAAGUAUAAGGGACGAACAAAUCAUUUCACCCCCUAGCUCCCAUAACACAUAAAUAAAACUAUGAAUAGUUAAAAAAAAUAUUUAAAAUAAAUGUUCAUUGCAGUUAUUUAUUAUACACUUCAUAAAUAAAAAAAAUGAAUAUUACAAUUUCAAAUAAAUACUAUUUAGUAGGUAUUUCAUUAUUUUAUAACAUAAAUGAUACCAUGGGACUUUUUUCAUAUUAAUAAUUCUCUAUUUUUAUUUUCUAAAAUUGUUUUAUUUAAAAAAAAAAACAAAUAAGUAAUUUUCAAAAACGCCUAUAGGUACUCGUUAUACGAGCAUAUGCGCUUUUGCGAUUUUUCUCAUCAUUAUAAGAAAUUUUAAUUUCAUCAUGUUUAUAUGAUUUAACACAAUUUGUUUGUUUACAGUUUUGAAUAAAUUCUGGGGGUCCGAUCAAAAAUUUAAAAUAAAAUUCCUCGUCUUUACGAUAAAAAUGAUAAGCACCCUAUUGUACUUGCUACAUAUUUACUUAUGUCUUAACUUUUUUUUUUUUAUCCACAGCAUCGAGCAAUUCACCCACUUUCAUAAACAUUGCUCAAUCACAUAAAACGAACCAGAUAUCAGUCUUUGUUUCGGCCUCGUUGUUCAUUGUACUUCUCCGGUAGCAAAUGACCGUUUACAGUUGCUGAUCAACGGCACGCCACGUGAAAGCGCUACUUAAAUAAUAAUGAUAUGAUAUACUUAUUGAAUAAAAAAAAAA